UCUCUCUCAUACAUAGUGAUGGACAAAAAACCAUGCAACUCAUCUCAAGAUCCUGAAGUGAGAAAGGGACCAUGGACCAUGGAAGAAGACUUGAUCUUGAUCAACUAUAUUGCAAAUCAUGGUGAAGGUGUUUGGAACUCCUUAGCCAAAGCUGCAGGUCUUAAACGUACCGGAAAGAGUUGCCGGCUCCGGUGGCUAAACUAUCUCCGUCCGGAUGUUAGAAGAGGAAAUAUUACACCUGAGGAACAGCUUUUGAUCAUGGAGCUUCAUGCAAAGUGGGGAAACAGGUGGUCCAAAAUUGCAAAGCAUCUUCCGGGAAGAACUGACAAUGAGAUUAAGAACUUCUGGAGGACUAGGAUUCAGAAACACAUAAAGCAAGCUGAGAACUUCCAACAACAGAAUUCAGAGAUAAAUGAUCAUCAUCACCAUCAUGCAAGCAGUAGCCAAAUGUCCACCAUGGCAGAACCAAUGGAGACUUAUUCUCCAACUUCAUACCAAGGAACUUUGGAGCCAUUUCCAACUCAGUUCCCUACAAUCACUGAUCAGUCUAGUUGUUGUACCAAUGACAGCAACUAUUGGACCAUGGAGGAUAUCUGGUCUAUGCAAUUACUCAAUGGGGAUUGA